UUAUACUGUUUGAAUAGAUUGGGCUGCUCUCUAUACUCUUCACUCGGAUUGGGCUUCGGCCAUGGUUAAUAUGGAAGGUCAAAACAUACGGUCGGAGUGCUCGAGGUGGAGACUGCAUUGAGCUGGGUUUUCUUUUGCACUUUGUGAGAGUUUCACCCUGAAUUCGAAGAGAUGCUAAGUUCCAUGCGACUGCAAUUGCGAUUACAACCUUCAAACGAAGGCGUUGUAGUUCCCCACUCUAAGAGCGCAUUCGCCACCAACAUUCACAAGCGUGUUAGCCUCUCGUGCAGAAAACGCGCCACACUACCACUCUCUUGCUCUUUGGCCGCACAACCACACUCUCACGCGCCACAACAACCGCUCUACACUUCCACCGUUGUGUCUUCCUCGCCGCAGCUUCCACAGCUUCGCCUCUCACAGCGCCACAUCACUCUUCUCAACGUCGUCGCUUGCGUGACAGCGAUAUGUGCCACGUGGCUAUUUUGCUCCGCAAUUCCUACACUUCUGGCUUUCAAGAGAGCAGCAGAAUCACUGGAGAAGUUGAUGGAUACCACAAGAGAGGAGCUUCCUGGUACCAUGGCUGCAAUCCGUCUAUCCGGCAUGGAAAUCAGUGACCUCACCACGGAGCUCAGUGAUCUUGGGCAAGAGAUUACUCAAGGUGUUAGAAGCUCCACACGCGCUGUUCGCUCGGCAGAGCAGAGGCUUCGCCGCUUGGCAACCAUGUCUCCUCCUCCCUCUUCAGUUUCCUUGCAGGCAAUGGUGAGUCCCAAAGCAGAGGCUGACUCAGGUGGACCUGGGGUGGCCAGAGCAGCAAGAAACAUGAGAGAGGGCGUUGUCAAGGGUCGUGCUAUCAUGAAAAUGUUCUUCACACUUGCAAGAUUCUCAAAGUUUGCUCUUAGCUAUAUAGGUGGACGUAGAUAAUGUUAAGAAUCAUAGAUAGAAGAUGAAAGUCAUCAUGGUGAGCAACCUAAGCUUGUAAGCUCUGUUUCUGUUUUUGUUUUUCUGUGUCAGUCUUUUUCUUUUGGGUCCGAAUCCCCUUCUUUUUUUCCCCUAACUAGUUAGAGAUUUAAAUUUCAGCUCUGGGAUCUAUAGUAUAAAAAGAGCGACCAUUUGCUAUCUCUUUCUUGGUGAUAUGUUGAAGUGCUGUUUGAUCAUUGAUGUGGUUGUGCACUUGUAUUAGAACACAAUAAUACCAGUGAAGAAGCUUACAAGGAGAAAUAACAAAAUGAAAAUCAUUAAAUUUAAAUAUCGGAU